ACCGCAGUAAGCGUGUGUGUCCUUCCCUAAAAACCAUCUGUCACAGGUUUGAGACUGAUGAAAGCGUUUUACGCGACUUUUAUCCGGUGUUGAGUCGCGCAAAGUGACAGAAGCAGCAGCUGUUUGUGACUGGCGUCUUCUUAAAGACGGUUAUCGGGUUGCUCCUUCAGAGCUUUAGGUGCCAGUCAGGAUGAUUCUGGCAACAUUAAAGGGCAUUGGGAAGCAGCUCCUGCGGGUGAAGGUGGUGGACUGUAACACGGAGGACUCCCGCUUGUCUCGAUGCCUCAACACGUUUGACCUGGUGGCGCUGGGCGUCGGCAGCACACUGGGCGCUGGAGUCUACGUCCUGGCUGGCGCUGUAGCCCGGGAGAGCUCCGGACCUGCCAUCGUCCUCUCCUUCCUCAUCGCCGCUCUCGCCUCGGUCCUGGCCGGUCUGUGCUACGCCGAGUUCGGAGCCCGUGUCCCCAAAACUGGCUCGGCUUACCUCUAUAGCUAUGUGACGGUUGGAGAACUGUGGGCCUUUAUCACAGGCUGGAACCUCAUCCUGUCUUAUGUCAUUGGAACUUCAAGUGUGGCCAGAGCAUGGAGUGCUACUUUUGAUGAGCUGAUUGGAAGGCAUAUCGAGGAAUUCUGCAGGCGUUACAUGACCAUGAAUGCCCCAGGCAUCCUGGCAGAGUACCCGGACAUAUUUGCUGUCUUUAUCAUCAUCACACUGACAGGGCUGCUGGCAUUUGGAGUGAAGGAGUCAGCCUUGGUGAAUAAAGUGUUUACCUGCAUCAACGUACUGGUGCUGAUGUUUGUCAUCGUCUCUGGCCUGGUCAAAGGAACCCUUAAAAACUGGAACUUGAACCCUGAAGAGAUCCUCAACGGCACCAGCAACUCCAGCCUCAAUAUGUCUAAUCCUUUACCGCCUAAAGAAAGUCUUGGUGAAGGCGGCUUCAUGCCUUUUGGAGUGUCCGGAGUCCUCUCUGGUGCCGCCACCUGUUUUUAUGCCUUCGUAGGUUUUGACUGCAUUGCAACUACAGGAGAAGAAGUGAAGAAUCCUCAGAGGGCCAUUCCUAUCGGGAUUGUGGCCUCGCUGCUCAUUUGUUUUGUAGCGUACUUCGGUGUGUCUGCAGCCCUCACUAUGAUGAUGCCUUACUACUUGCUGGACAAGAACAGCCCUUUGCCAGUGGCCUUUAAGUAUGUGGGCUGGGAGGGAGCCACUUAUGCAGUGGCCAUUGGCUCUUUAUGUGCCCUGUCGACCAGUCUACUAGGCUCCAUGUUCCCAAUGCCCAGAGUGAUCUGGGCCAUGGCAGAAGAUGGCCUGCUCUUCAAAUGUUUGGCCAAAAUCAGCCCACGAACCAAAACCCCUCUAACAGCUACAGUAACAUCAGGUGUUGUGGCAGCUGUGAUGGCGUUCCUGUUUGACCUGAAGGACCUGGUUGACCUCAUGUCCAUCGGCACUUUGCUGGCCUACACUCUGGUCGCUGCCUGUGUGCUGGUCCUCAGGUACCAGCCUGAACAGCCCAGUGCGGCCUAUGAGAUGGCCAACACUCAGGACGAAUCUGAAUUGGCUGAGUCUUACAACGAGGGGAACAUUGACAUGCUACCACAACCAGAGGAUCGCUUCACCAUCAAAAACCUGCUCUGCCCUACAAACAUCGAGCCGUCCCCUCUGUCCGGGUUUGCUGUCAACAUUAGCACCAGCAUACUUGGUGUUCUGGUGUGUGUCUUCAGUGUUGUAGCUGUUCAAGGAGGGCUGGCAGCCUGGUCACUGUCUGUCCUCUCUAUUAUCAUGGUGGUCUGUCUGAUUGUCACCUUCAUUGUGUGGAGACAGCCGCAGAGCAAGGCCAAGCUUGCCUUCAAGGUUCCCCUGCUGCCCUUUCUCCCAGUCGUCAGUAUGUUCAUCAACGUCUAUCUGAUGAUGCAGCUCGACAGAGGAACUUGGAUGCGCUUUGCCAUCUGGAUGGUCAUAGGUUUCUUUAUCUACUUCGGUUAUGGGAUUCGCAACAGUGCCGAGGCAGUUUUGACCAGUUCUGACAAAUACACGCCAGCCUGCACAAUAAAGGGAGAGCCCAUGGCCACAGAGAAGGAAGCCUUCCUACACGACAGGCAAGACGCCAACGGAGAUGACGAAGAUGAAGAUUCCUGAGGAAACGGGAGGUUCACUUAGCUGCUUUGUUUCUGUUCACAUUAAUUAGUCCAAAGAGUUGCAAAUCCAGGAGACAUGCAACAUAUAAGCAACCCAAAGCGUGUUGCAUUGUUUCCUUAUUCAGGCAAAAAUUUUAUGAAGGUAAAAUGUCUAAUUAGAUUUAAAGGCUAAGUAAAAACCUUUUUAAGAAGAUGACUUUCCUUACAUCUGAAAACCAAAUUUUUAUCUAUUUUUACCUAAAAAGUAAUUUUAUAUGUUUUUGCUUGGAACCAAAGCAACCAAAGGCAAAGCACGAGUAGUUUUAAUAAAGUUUUUUCAAGUCAUCUGUUGUACAUAUAUCUAAUGUUAAACUUCUAUCAGUUUAUCAGAAUAAAAAGCCCUGUUCUUUUUUGUAAUGGCAUAUUUAAACUCUCAAAUUUGAAAGUUCAGCAUUUGUUAACAUUUUUUUUUUUUUUUUUUUUUUGAGAAAAUUUGCAUGCGUUUGGCAGAUUUCCUGGUAAAUGUUUGUCACUCGUCUUGCUGCUUUCGUCUCCAUUGGAUUUGGACGCAGUGCCGGCUACUGUGUCCAAAUCCCAAUGGGAGAUUAUUUUGAAAUCCACAACCCUAUUUUUCAUACCUUCAGUAAUUGUAUUAACUAGAAAUUGACAAAUUAUUCUUCUCAAACAUAACUGUAUCUCCAGUGCCUUUUUGUGUUGUAAGUUUACCUCAAAGGUAUGCCAAUAUUUAGCUUCUGAGGAAACAUACUGAAAUGAAAGCACAACUCUGUACCUGUGUUUUUGCAUUACAGUAUCACAGAAUAAUGCACCAUGGUACUUUGAAGAACCUCGUACACUAUUUUGUGAUGAGUAUGUCUGUGUAAAAAUGUUUGUCUUCUAGCUGAUUGAUAGUUCCAUGACGGCACACAUUUACCAGCGAUCAAAUACACCAGUGUUGUCUCCAUCAGGGAGCUUCAUGUUUUUAACUAGCCAAAAGAAAAAAGCUGCUAAUGUGAAUUGAAUUACCAGAUACUUCAGAGGAUGUAUUUUAAAUGCCUAUUUCCUAAUGAAUGUUACACCUUUACUGCUCUAUUGCCAGCUAGAAUUGGGAAAUAUAUAUAUUGUCUGUAUAUAAUGUACACUUUGGGUUUUGAAAAGCAUAUAUUUAUAAGAGAUUUUUUCACCUUAGCAGACAAUUUUCACUUUUAAGUUCACAUACGUCUGAGUGGGAUGAAGUACAAUCAGCUGUCACUAUGAAAACUGACACUAAUACUGUAUAUUUGGAAACAUACUGCACCAACAGUAAUAGUGGACCUCAUGUUUAUAGAACAGAAAGCUGAUUGUCUAGUGUGUAGAUUCCCAGGGCAGCUAAAACCUGAACGCAACAUAUUGAAGUGUGUGUGUUCACUAAAGAAUGAAAAUGUAACAAGGUGAAAAAUCUCUUCACUGAGUCCCUUAUUAAAUGAACACUCAUGUUCAAGUUUAAAAGACUAAAUUGUAAAUAUAGACCGUGUAUGUAACUUUGUUACAUUUAAAGAUAUCAAAGAAGCCUUAAGAUGCAGAAAGUUACUGAUACCCGUCUGCAGCCUGACUUUUAUUUAAACUGGGAGAUGUUUGAAUCAGUGGGACAUUAUUACAUAUACAUUAAUAGCAUUACAUGCAUAAUUACCUGUUUUAGAAAUGUCAAUUUCUAACAUGUCUCUUUUUUUUCCUUUUUUGUAAAUAGUUUUAAUUUUGCUUAAUAGUUUCCUGCCCACAUUACAGCUGUCACAUCUACCUGUCAUAUCACCCCGCAACUUUAAUCUAUACAAUCUUUUGUUGCAAGCAUUAUGUUUAGUAAAUAACUGACACUAACUGUGCCAACAGUAUUUUAACUUUUAACAAAAAUAAAUGGAAUAUAUUUGUUUAAAAGCACAAAGAAGUCAGGGGGCAUUCAGUAGGUUAAUAUCAUCUCACUUUUAGUUGGAUGUAAUACUUAAAGUUUCACUGACAUUGAUAAGGCCUUUUGUUUUUGUUGUAGCAUUAAAACUCACUUGAGGCUACAUCUAUGUUCAUGAAACCGUGAAUGUUUGUCCUUGACACUGUUUUAUAUAAACAUUUGCAUGCUGCACUAUUUCCAAACUUUGUGAAGCUUGAAAAAAGAUUUAGAUUUUAUAGCACUGCUAAGUUAUAAAUAUGUUUACAGUGUAUCGGAGGGGUGAAGGUGAACUGUUCAGUGUGUUGUCUUGAUAUUGGUUGCGGUUUGUAUAGUUUCUGCUGUAAAUAAAUUAUGCUCAAAGUUAAAGCCA